AGCAGAACUAAUCAAAUUUUGUUGACGGUUCAUACUGGGGAGUUUAAAUUAUUGUUUAACGGAAAGGGAGCUUUUCACUUGAUUGUAGUUGUUAGCGGCACUCAGAUGUUUCUCCAUCUAUGAUCAGAAAUGAACCAGAAGAACACCAUGCAAAAUUUAGAAGAAACUUAUCAACUUCCAUGGACGAUUUUGUAAAGAAAAUUUUUGUUGCCUGUGACAAGGAUCGAGAUGGUUAUUUAGAUAGAUCUGAUUUGGAAGAAGUUCGUAAUCAAAUUGGUUUGGAAGGAAACAUAUCAGAAAUACUUGAGCAGUUUGGAGCAAGUCAAACAGGGAAAAUAUCUUAUUCGCAGUUCUUUCAAUUUUGUGAGAAUAGCGCUUUAUUGUGUGGGGAAUUUAAUCAAUCUAGUUCAGACUCUUCGCCGGAAUAUUACAGUACUGAUUCUGAAACACAAGUGCCAUUACAAAUGGCUGAAAAGGGAAGAGCGAGGAAGGAGGAGAUCAGAAAAGAUAUGGCAGGAAAACAGCCACAAGCGAGUUACCAAUCUACUUUCGAUAUGGAACUUGAAUUAAGUCAUGAAAGAAUAAAACAACUUGCUGCUGCAUGGGAUUCAGAUACGAACCCCCAUCGUAAAAGUGGUGGUGGGAUCGAAGAUUAUUUAGACCAUAAAACAUUGUUGCACUUAGAAAAAUUAAAAAUUAUUGAUCCCUUGUUUUCGGAGAAAAAUGUUGUGAAUAAUGCAACGAGUAAUCAUGGACGGCACGAAUACCCUAUUGAGACAAAUAAUAUAAAAGAUGAUGCAAGGGAAACUUCAGGUCCAGACUACUUAGAGAUGUCAAAAAAGUUGCAUUUAGCUGCUCUAACGUCUUAUAAAAAUGAAAUUUACGACCUGAACAGUCGUUUACAGCUAGUACGUGAUGAACGUGAUGACUUACGAAAACAACAGUCGCAGUGGAAUUAUGAAAAGCAGAAGAUGCAACAGGACUUUGAAGAAAAAUUACAAUCUCAGACCAUGCGUAUUACCGAACUUCAAAGUGUCAUUGCAGAAUUACGACGGAAGCUUAACAAAGCAGAUGGUAAUGUUAUCAUUGAAGAGGAGGAAGAUGAGGAGGGGGAGGAGGAUGAUGAAGAGGGAAGAUCAGGAUCAACAUCAGAUUUGGAAGUCCAAGGCUCACAUGGUUGUUCAGAAUGUUCAUGUGAAAACUGCGAUCACCAUCUGGAUGACGAAGGACCAAACCAAGUAAACUUUCUUGCAACAGCACACGAUACAAUCGGCAACGAUUUGUCUGCUCCACAAAAAGGAGGAGAGCAAAAUCCGGAAAAGCAAGAUGGAGACGAUCUACAGCAACAACUUUCUCGAGUUCUCGGCGCUCUUGAAGGAAUCGGAGAUCGGAAAGCUAAAAAAGCUGACCAGGAUAUGUUAGCUCCAAGUGAAACAGACAUAAGCAGCAGCAUAAUGGCGGAAGUUAGAAAUGUUUCUAAAUCACCGGAACCGACUAACAUAAAUGCACAAGCUCAACUGAAAGACUUAUUAAACCAAGUUGACUCUUUAAAACGAGAUAAACGAACAUUGGAGAAACAGCUGCACGACAUCAGCGUUCAAGGAUAUGUGUAUCAGAAGGGAAAUACAACUCAUGUCGAGGAAGAGUUCUCAAAGCUUCGUCAAGAAAACAACUAUCUCCGGUCGAAAUUAAGAAAGUCCGAACAAGAAGUUGAAGAUGUGAAAACGUUGAAUCUAACUAUCAGAGAAGAAAAAGAAAGACUGAGAAAGAAGAAUCGAAGCCUUCAAGACUCUAUCGAAGCCCGUGUACGGGAGCCUUCACCCAUCGCAUCAACAGGUUCGGCUGGGUCUGGUCAUCGCCGUUCACACUCGACACAUCUAGAUCGUUCCUACCAUGAACGCUCGCAAUCUCCACAAUCGCUGCAGCGGUCAUCAAGUGCUGUGUCUGAAACUAGAGGGGCUCAGCAAAACACAUUCCAACCGCCGCAUCGAUCGGCUAGCCUGGACAAUCGGUCACCAAUACUUCCACGACAAUCGCCUAAUUUACAGCAACGGUCUGCUUCAGAAGCACGCAAGCAUUCGUUGAAUUCGCCUAGUCAUAGUACAAACAGCUUACCAUCACAUCCCAGCUCAGCGUUUGUCGCCGUCAAUUCUAAGGGAUAUACAAUAAGUCCCGAGAGUAGCUUACGCAGGGGUCAACACAUGGAAUCGAGUGACCUAGGAUCUUCAAUUGGAGAUGACACUCAUCGAUCAGAAAUAUCAAAGGCUAUCAUACGUAACUUACAUGGUCGCAUACCAGAAACUUUACUACACACGCUGUUGACGUAUCAUACUUACGAUCAAGUGUUGAGGACACUUGCGCAUCAUUUUCUCGCAGAAGUUGAUGAGAAAAGUAAAGAAGGUGCUAUCAAUGUUGAACGACUGGAAAGCCGUAUGGCUCACUUACAAUCACAAAACGAUUUGCUGCAGUUGAGUUUGGAUGAGAGUAAACAAAACGCAGAACGGUUAAGUCUCCUGUGUGGUAAAUACGAGUCCAACAGUACCGCGUGGUCACUAGCGGUGCAAAACACGGAACAUUUACUUGAAACGUACGAAGUGAUGUUACAGUUGCAAGAAUCUGAAGCAGACAUUUACGCUGCUAACUGUCAAGCGGCUGGGAUAGGAAAUUUCGAUACAAUCAAAUCUCUCACGUCGACUAAGUCUUCUCACUCUAACAUAUCAAUUGCAUCGUCGAGUUCACAACAACUGGGGUACGUCGAAGAGGAGGACAUGAUCAAGUCAUAUCACAGCAAACGUAAGGACGCCGAGACGCAAGCAAAAUCGCUACUACACAAACUGGAUAAAAAGUAUGAAAACGCCAUCACUUCAGCAGAAGAGAAAUUGAAACAGGAUAGCCUGGAUAGAAGUUAUAAAAGUCGUACGAGCACGGGUAGCUCUCAAAACUCUGUAUGCACGGACACACUCUCUAAAGACGAAGAACAUAGACUUCGUUCUUACAUUAAACGACUUAAAACUGAACGUGGCAUAUAUAAAGGUACCGUUGUUGAACUUGAAUCGGUACAUGAAUACAGUGAUAACCCAACCGAUGAGGGUGCAACUUUAGAACGUGCAGAGAGAACGCAUGAACUCAACAUGGACAUAGAAACGGCUGUUAUACUGCAAGAGAUGCAGGCUCUUAAAGAGGAGCGGGCCGAGUUAAAACAUCGUAUUUAUUUAUUAGAAAAAGAAAAGCGAGCAUUAGAACUUAAAAUGAAUUCAAGGGAGGCCCAGGAGCAAGCUUAUAUUGUACAUAUAGAACAUUUAAAAUCAGAGGUGAAGGAGCAAAUUAAAAAACGAAAGUUAUUGAUGAAAGAUGGGAAGAGACCGUUGCCAUCUGGAUCAUCUGUUCCUGAUGACGAAACCCUCUCGACACAUAGCAGCAGCACACACAGUACAACACCGGGACAGAGCGAGUUUUUACAAUACUCCUCCACGGAUGAAAUUCCGGUCGAUUUAAUUGAAGCGUCGCGACGAGAACGUAAACUGAAGCACAGAAUACAAGAAUUAGUAGAUACACUUGAAAAACUUUCUAAGAAUUCAGAAAUCAGGCAUAAACAAACUGCAGAGUAUAUUAGUGAUUUAAAACGUGCCAAUGGAGCUCUAGUUACUGCGUACGAGAAAGCCAAGAAACGUCAUGCCAGUCGGUUAAAGAAAUUUGAACAGCAGUUAGUACAAAUGGCUGAAAAAUAUCAAAUUCAGGUUCGCGCAUUAAAGGAGCAAAUCGCAGUACUAAAAGAAACUCCAUCCGGUGCGCAGUUGUUGCAGACAGAGACAUCGCUAUAGGACGGACGUACUCCAUUAUCUUCAAUUGUAAAUUAAGGAAUUUUUUAAAUACACAUUGUACUCCUGUCAUGCUCGUUGAGAAGAAAUCCAUUUGAGUAUAUUUUAAA